UCCGUGUGUAAUAGUACGUGGAGGGCGUUGGAGAUUUGGUUGAAAUGUUUUGUCCCAGCUGUGGUCAAAGUGCGAACGAAAGCAGGAAGUAUUGUUAACAUUGCGGCAGGACGAUACCAGCUUUACAAGAUGAAUGAAGAAGCAAUUGAAGCAAUUUCGUCGUUGGACAUUCAAGCUGAGAACGAAUGCGAGAAGGGGCCGAUUGGGGCACAAGCCACAAGUAUUGAUGCAGGGCCGAGUGGAGCACAAGCCACAAGUAUUGAUACAGUAACAAACAAAUUCGAAGAUUAUGAGUUGGGAAGUGAUAUUCUUGAUGAUCUUGAUAUGAUAUCGGAUGAGGAAACAGAGGAAUACAAACGAAUACUGAAGGAAACGGGAUAUACAGCUUUUCGUGAAAAAUUAGAAGACACAAUCAAUGGAUGGAAAACAAUCCAAAUAAAUAUUGCUGUAACAGGAGAAUCUGGCACAGGGAAGUCGGCCUUUAUCAACUCUUUUAGAGGGUUAAAAGCUGAUGAUCCUGGGGCAGCUGAAGUCUCCGCGGUCGAAACGACUAUGAAACCGACAGCUUACCCACACCCUGACAAUUCAAAUCUUCAGGUUUGGGAUUUGCCGGGAGUAGGAACGUUAACCUUCACGCGGGAGAACUACUUGCAGGAAGUAGAUUUAAGUCGGUUUGACUUUGUUUUGCUCCUGUCGUCUUCGCGGUUUAAGGAAAAUGACAUUUGGCUCGCAAAGGAAAUUCUCAGGUUGAAGCCAAAUUUUAAUUUGUUCUUUGUAAGAACAAAGAUCGACGAUGAUCUUCGCUCCGCCAAAAAGGCACACAACAAAAUUCAGACGCCCGAAGAUAGGCAAGCAUUGCAGCAGAAGGUCAGAGACAAUGUAAAGCUCAAAAUUCAGGAAGGCAAGAUAUUCAAUGCAAAUAUAUAUCUGGUCGACAACUAUGACAUAGCAGCUUUUGAUUUUGGUACAAUCUUUUCGAAACUGAUCCUAAAGGUUUCCACUCUAAAAAGGGAAGCAAUGAUCAUGUCAUUGACUGGUAUUACAAACGAAGUUGUUCAGAACAAGCUCGCUAUUUUGAAAAGUAGAAUAAGCUUGGUUUCUAAAACCGCGGCAGUGGCUGCAGUCUUUGUAAAGUCGGGCACAAACAAGUAUUCGGCAGAAAUAGACGUGUUGCUAGAAGAGUGCAGAUUUUAUCGUUCGCAGCUAGGACUCAAUUUAGAUUCGUUAGAAAUCAUCGCAAAACGUCUGGAAAUUGAGUUCGAAGAAUUGCUGGUCAAGUUGUCAAUGAAAUCACACAUAUAUGUUGAAUCCGAGAAUAGGUUUGCCAUGUAUUAUACAGGGUUUGAAAAAUUUGACCAAAGCAUUUGGAAUUCACUGCCACUUAUUGGAAACAUGUUAAAGGUCCAAGCUUACCAGAAGCAAUGCGCUUUUGUUCUGAAGAAGUUCCUUGGCAUGUGUGCAAAAGAAACGCAUGACCUACAGAUGCGCAUGGCCAUGGCUUUAGAGGGAUCCGAAUUUUAGAGUCUAGACAGGAGAACCAAACGUCAUUUUCCUUGAACCCGUCGAAUGUAAAUAAACAAAACUACUCUGCUUAAAAAGGUUUUUGUGUGAUUUUUUACAAAUUCUAACAAUAGGUCUGAAAAAGACAUUAGUUAUGUUUGUGUAUGUUUCUAAUGUUAGAAGUGUAUUGUAUUGAUAAUUAUCACUAACCCUAACCAUGGCGCUGCUGUUUCUAUUGCAUACUUAAUAUGUUACUCCUACCAUUCGCGGUAAAUAAAAUUAUAACUUUCCUACACUGAAUAAAAGUCAACAUUUUGAAUUUCGUCCGAAUUUUUAUGAGAUCGGUGGUCUGCAUAAACUAUAGCCCAUGGUAGGAAAAGUAUGAUGUCAGAUCAAACUUUACGUCUUAAUGUCAAAAAUAAAGAAUCAUGAUGCGUUUUGGCGUUUGAAAUAUCUUAUUUUGUUUUGUAAUAGAAUACUAUUUACAUUAUUGUCAAUUUGGUCUGCAUGAAAGUAUGCAGAACUCUUUUCAUUCAUUUUACGGCAAAACAUAAAACGUGCACUUAUGUUAUGAUGGGAUGUUGAGUGGCCGGUUGUGUAUUUCUAAACAAGUUCAUUAUAUAUGUUUCAUUUUUUUUUAAAUCUUUUUCGUUUGAAUAUAUUUAAUUUUGAUUUGUUAAUUACCGCUAUAAGAUGUGUGCAUUGUUAUGUUUUUGAUAUAUUCGAAUGUAUUGAAACAUUCGGUAAAAAAUAAUUUACAAGUAACGAAAUGUUUGCCAAUAUAGCAAUAAGUAAAAGUGUUGUGUAAAAGGAAAUGAUUUGUCAAAAUGAAUGUCAAAGAAGUGAUAUAGUUUUAUAAAAAAUAUAAGAGUUAGGUCAAGUUCGAAUGCAAUGCAUAUAAUAUGAUGCUGAUUUUGUCAUCUUGUCAUCAGGUAUGACAUAUACAUUUAUCUUAUUGUGAAAAUUUGAACUAAGUCAUACCUUCGCUCAUGUCCCCAAAUGAUUGAUUUGCUGACACUUUCUUUCAUCUUUCUCAAUACCCGUAAAUAUCUAACAUUUUUAUUUUCUUCUAAACCAUACAUGAGGUCUACAUCUCUUAAUAAUUAGAACUGAGUCAUAUUUAGAUCAAAUGGGUCAGUGUUAACGUUCAAAGCAUAUUUGUUUCAAUGUUUUAAAACUUUGCAAAACUUGAUAAGCAGUUUGCUCUAUAUGUUAAUGAGACAGAACAGGCCUGUCAAUGUACCUGCUUCAUUGUCCUCUUUUUGUGGACAUUUUAUUAAUGUACGUAUUUUAUAAUCGCCUUUUCGAACUAAUAUUUCUGAGAAGUCAUACAAUGUAUUUUGAAACUAGAGCUGUAUUGGCCAUUUAAGGCGAAUUGUGUUUGAUUUGGUGAAACAAGCACACGCACGCGCGCGCACGCACGCACGCACGCACGCACGCACGCACGCACGCACGCACGCACGCACGCACGCACGCACGCACGCACACACACACACACACACACACAAUCGCGACAGAGCGUUCAUACUGCAUGGACGCACAACAAAUAAGAAUCAAUCCUUAUAUUUACUUUUUCCCUGGUUAUUUGUUUAUUCUUUUCGAUGUAAAGGGUUCGAGAACAAGUCUGUAAUUACAACAAAGGGAACAAAACGCGAGCGCAGGUGUAAAUGGUAAGAGAACUUGUCGCCCUUGGUUUUUAAGCUUGUGGUUCUUUUUAUCAUCCGCGUAAUAAAUAGUCCAAAAGUAAUUUGCAGAACAUACAUAAAUAAUCCAAGAUUCAUUUAAAUCAUUUGGUAGUUACUGUAAUACAUAUGUUGGUGAUAAUGAUUUUCUUUGUAAUAGUCUUGUUUUAAUCACGAAAAAUAUCAAUAUAUUUCAACUCCUGUUUUACAUAUGCAUGGCCAAUGUGAGUGGACAUAGUAAAUGUUGUUACGAUGACUUUAUGGAUUACGUUCAGUUGAACAGGUAAAAAUAGCGUCAAAAUAUUAUUAUAUUGUUUUACUCGAAAAAUACAUGACAAUUUGAAAGGUUCGAAUCAUUUCUUGUAUUUUAAUAUUGUUUUAUAAUAAGUAAUGAUAUUUUAAAAUAUUCUUCUUUAAUAUAAGGGAUGCCAUUAUAUCAUUCUUAUGAUGACGAAAUGCAUUCCGACAUUUCACGUGUCAAAAUUUGUAAAAAACGUACGGUGAUUCACCAGAGCAAAAUCAGAGCGUUGCAUUCUCGCAAAACUCCGCAAACAAAGGUCACGAAAGGUCGACCGGUUUAUACAAAAUGAACACAAGUUUUAUCGUUCAGAAAAUCAAGUACGAAUGUAAAUAUAUAUUAUGUAUAAAAUGAAAUAUGGACUAUAUACGUUUACAACGGAAAAUAUAGUACACUUAUUACUAGUAACAUACCAAUUGCAAAUGUUCAUACGUGAACGAGUCGUUAAAGAAGUAUGGAAUUAAUUAGUUAAUUAACAUGUACUGAGGUACUUUUUAUCGAUGUUUGAUUCUGAAGUAAAGUUAGUUGGCGCUUUAUGCCCUCCAACGGUUUUGCUCUCCAACUUGGAGGAAUAAAAGAUAUCUAUCUAUCUAAAUAUUGAAAAGAGAGAAGACAAAGGAAAAUUGAUUGAUUUUGAUUUUAAGAUAUGUUUUAUACAAUGUCGAGUUGUUCUUCGUACCUAAUUUGCCAGUCAAGCCUGAAAUUGUAUGAACACUGUACUGGUUAGCGACCUAUUAUUCGCCCGUACCACUUUUUCGCCCACCCAGUUAAAAGCAGUCGAAACGAAAUAUUUUACACAAAUCAGUAUGGCGUUUCAUUGCGGCAUCAUUUUUGACAGAUAUCAGCUGUUUUUUUGCGUUCAAAUGUAAGUAGUAUGUGGAAUUUGACCAAAAUAAACAUUGUUUACACUUCUGACCUUGUAAGUUGAAUGCGGGGAUUACGUCAUCACGCGCGCGCUCAUUUGCAUGAGGCCCUGUAAGGAUUUUUUUAAUUUUCAUUAUAUCUUGCACUAUCAGACGACAUUAUUGAUUUGUCAUUAUAAAGUAAAAAACAGGUGUUAAAUUAUACAAAUACCAUAAAUUGCUGUAUUUUACGUUCAAUUUUAGAAAAAGCAAAUGGUAAAACCUGAAAACGGUGAAGUAAUCGCUGAAUUUUUCGUCUAAGGAAAGCAACUCAAAUUUGAAUUAAUGAUAACAUUCUUGUACGGACAUGCGUGGUCCCUCUUCGGAAGUCUAUAAAUAACCAUACGUAGUGUAGGUCAUGUUUUAAGAAGGAAUCCCGGUAGCUUUUUCAAUUUCUGCAAAGAGGUGGCUUACCAAGUAGGUGCUGUAUCAUUUAAAACAUACAUAAACAGUAUGUAAUAGUUAACAUAUUAUAUUUAUUGAUCAAUUGUCGUUUUAAACGGUCGCUAGACUUGUCAAAUAAAAUAAAAAUGUUUAAAGAUAUAGUUUAGAGAGAAAUAUAUGAAAACAUCGUAUGAACAGCGAAUUUAUGGAGUGGGCGAAUAAUUGGUACAGUAGGGUGCUUAUUUUAGCGAAAUUAUAGGGGUACUUUGCACGUGGGAAUAUUCGGAAUCCCUUGCUAUUUUUAAAAACAAAUUACACAGUUUUUGUCGGAAGGGCCGACCUAUCUGAGUGUAAAGUUUUAUCGUAAUAGCUAUCUUGUGUCAAAAGCAACAUAGGAAAAACCUCCAUUUCCGGCCGAAAAGGGGUCGCUAACCUUUCUAUUAUUAUAAUAUAUGUGUUGAUUUUGUUGUUUGACCAUUUAACAUGUAUUUAGUGUAUCGUGUUUAUAUUACAUGUACAUUGAAUCAUUUAAGCUUCAUUGGUAGUCAAAAUACAAGAUGCAAUUAAAAAGAUAAAGUCGGGUAUAUGCUUACAAGAAAAAUUUGCUCUAUAAGUAAUAUUCCAACAUUUCUUUUGUCGUUUAAAAAAUGGUAGACACAACGAGACUUUAAGGAUAGUAUUUAAUGAAAAUGGAUCGUCCGAUUUACAUCAAAUGCAAGUUUGAGAUCACCAUCAAGGAAUACUAAGGAUAUUGUUUAUAUAAUAUAAUAUUUGUCAAUCUUGUAAUAUUUUCGAAUACAUAUUGAUUUUUUAAAUAUAACGUGCAUUUCAAAAUCAGAUAAGGAUACAUGCACCCAAUCAUAUUAAAUACCAUGGAGCUAUUUUUACCAAAAUGUUAACACGAUUCGUUGUAAAACUUUCUGUAUUUGCAUAUUAUCGAGCAUUUGAAUACAGUCAUGAACGUUUCGGAAAUAACUCAAGUGUUAGAUAUUGAUAUGCAAUAUUAAAAGAAUUGCUGGAUAUGUCCAAUAUAGAGUACAAUAAACAUAAAAAAUGUAAAACAUUAAAAAAUAAGGUAAUUUCUUACCUUGAACAUUAAUCGUUCUUAGCAUAUAUCUUAUUAGAUACAAUUUGGUUACAACAUUAUGCAUGCAACUGUACGUCAUGUUUGACAUAUAUGCUUCUUUAUAUUUAGUA